UCGGUGCCCAAAGGUAGCCUAAUCUCACGUUCUCACGUUGCGCGCACGAAGGGACGGCACGUACUUCCGCUCCUCUCCUCUUUUCGGUGAAGCCUCUGCUUCAGACCGACGUCGAUCCUUCCCAAAGACCAAGCCUCUCCGGAGAUCAGGUUCCACAAUCAGGAGAAUGGGUUUAUGGACAUUAUUGGAGGGAUGUCUGCUUCUUGCUAAUGCAUUGGCAAUAUUAAAUGAGGACCGCUUCCUGGCACCUCGUGGAUGGAGCUUCUCAGAAUUCUCAGGGGGCAAGACAAAGUCAUUUAAGGGGCAGCUUAUAGGUCUUAUCUAUGCAACCCAGUACUUAAGAGUUCCCCUCAUACUGCUAAAUUUCAUCUGCAUUGUUGUGAAGUUGGUAUCAGGAUGAUACCACACAAAAGUAUACCAAUAAUGGGCUUUACAGUAUGUUCAGUUUAUGAGUGGUCGUGGAUAUCAUAAAGCUUCAAGACUGAUGGGACUCUGCAAAAGAAAGUUCUUCUUUAGGGAGGCGGAAGAAUUUAGCUGCUGCCUUUUCUUCUUCUUCGUUUAAUGGGUAUGAUCCUGUUAUGCGAUUUUUUGAUAAGUCUGUUAUAUGAUUAGUCAUUGUAACGUUGCAUUUUUGUUUUGAUGACAUAUCUCGGCGGGGGAAAUGAGGAUAUUGUGAAUUUUUUUUUUUUUUUUAUAAAAAUGGUUGAAUGUUGCCGUUCUUGCAAAUUAUGAUUCAAACGUAUAGGUACUUGACCGUAUGCUGUCUGUCAGCAUGUAACUCUGAAUGGAGCAGCACUUUCUUUUGCCUGUGUUGGUGGCGGCACUAA